UAAAGAAUGCAGAAAUUUAAUAUUUGUACUAAGUUUGUUCGUAAAUAUUCAGGAGAAUAUAGCAUAUUCAAUUUUCCGGGAUUCGGCAACAAAGCAAUUGAAAAUAAUUGCACAAAGAAUAAAUUAGAAGAUCCUGUAAGUGGUAAAUGCCUUCAACCAACGUCCGGACGCAAAGCUACAGAGCCUGUUGAGAAGCGUUCGAAACUUUUGGAAAAAGUUAAAGAUACUGCUGAGAAGUUACUCUGUUCGAAAGAUAAAAAACCCGAAACUACUUCGACACCGAAACCGCAAUGUGGCAAAAUAGAGCCUACAAACAAGCCAGAAAAAGUGAAAUGUUUAAGGCCAGUGCCGCGACCAAUGCCAGUCACAGAAGUGCCCGAGGACUGCAAUGUGCAAAAACAAGAGAUUCCCAAAAUUAAACUGAGUGAUGGUUAUGUGAUGCCAAUGUUUGGUCUAGGCACUUGGGGUUCGAAACCGCAUAAGGUCACCAUGGCAGUAAUGCACGCCAUAAAAGUCGGUUAUCGCAUGAUCGAUUGUGCUCAUGUCUACGAAAAUGAGCAGGCAGUUGGUAAAGCUAUAAACGACUGCAUUAAGAAAUGCAUCGUUAAGCGUGACGAAAUAUUUAUAACAAGCAAAUUGUGGAAUACUUAUCAUCGUCCCGAAAUGGUGGUGGAAGGCUGUUGUCGUUCCUUAAAAGAUUUAAAUCUAUCGUAUCUUAACCUUUACCUCAUACACUGGCCCAUGGGCUACAAAGAGGGCAAGGAGUUGAUACCAUAUGACGCCUGUGGGCGAAUAUUAUCCUCACGCGUUGAUUAUGUUGACACCUGGCAAGCAAUGGAGGAUUUAGUUCAACGUGGUUUCACACGUUCCAUAGGCAUAUCUAAUUUCAAUAUGAAGCAAAUUGAACGAAUAUUGAAAAUUGCCAAAAUAAAACCAGUUGUCAAUCAAGUCGAAUGCCAUCCAUAUUUGAAUCAGAUGCGUCUUAUGGCAUAUCUGAAGAAGAAAAAAAUUGCACUUGUCGCAUACAGUCCGUUGGGAUCGCCAGCUAGACCAUGGGCGAAACCUGAUGAGCCAUAUGUAUUAGACGAUAAUAUGAUAAAAAGUAUAGCUUUUCAGCAAGGGCGUACAGCGGCGCAAGUUUGUAUCCGCUAUCAAAUACAACGUGGAAAUGCCGUAAUACCGAAAUCAGUGACUCCAAGUCGGAUUGAAAGCAAUUUCGAAGUUGCGGAUUUCGAAUUAGGUGACGAAGAGAUGAAAAUUAUUGACAAGUUGGAUAAAGGAUUUCGCGUAGUACCUUUGUCAAAACUAUCCAGUCAUCCAUAUUAUCCAUUCCAUGAUGCUUAUUGACAACUACAUUUAACGUUCUAGCGCAAAAAUCGAAAGUGAAGGAAAGUUCAUUUUAACAAAUAUUAUUUGAAACAUAUGCAAAUACGUAAAAAAUGUACAAAUACAAUCAAUGGUAGGAAUAUGUAUAA